AUGUCUCCUGAUACAUCUAUAAUCUGGAGACCCGAUGAUGAUCACACGAUCAGACCUCCCCGCAAGGAAGGUGAGGUAUACAGACCUGAUAUCCUUGAGGUAAUCGAGUCUACGAUAGAUGGAUUAAGUGGAGAACUGAGGAAGCUCAGUCUCGAUAUUCAUGACCAUCCCGAGCUCAAGUUUGAAGAGAAGUAUGCCCACGAUGCGUAUACUGCGUUCAUGGAGACACAAGGAUUCGUCGUCAAGAAGCAUCAUCUUCUCCCCACUGCAUGGGUGGCGACUUACACGCAUGGCCAAGGAGGCCAUGUUUUAGGGAUAAACUCUGAGAUGGACGCGCUUCCAGGGAUCGGCCAUGCAUGUGGGCAUAACCUCAUUGGAAUCGCAGGAGUCGCGGUUGCAUGUGGUGCGAGGGCGGCAAUGGAGAAACAUAACAUCGAUGGGAAAAUUAUCCUGUUAGGAACUCCUGCGGAGGAAGGAGGUGCUGGCAAGGUCCUGCUUUUGGAAAAGGGAGCAUACGAUGAGAUGGAUAUUUGCUUGAUGUGUCACCCCGCUCCUGGGCCUCGCCACUCGAUCAGCCUUAGUUCAUGCCUGGCACUGUUCCGUAUCGAAGUAGAAUAUUUGGGACACACUGCGCAUGCAGCAUUGAGCCCAUGGGAAGGCAAAAAUGCUCUCGAUGCAGCUGUCUUAGCUUAUAAUAACAUAUCACUUCUACGGCAGCAAAUCAAACCAACACAUCGCGUGCAUGGAAUAUUUGAAAAGGGGGAGGAUUGGGCUGUCAAUAUUAUACCGGAUCGUUCUAAAAUGGCCUGGUACGUGCGGGCACCAACGACGGCGGAAGCUGAAGAGACGUUACAACGCGUUAUAAAAUGUUUUGAAGCAGCGGCUAUUGCUACAGGUUGCACAGUCAAGGUCGCCACACCAUACGGUGGUAACGAAAUCAGGCAGAACAAGGCCCUUGGGGACGAAGUGGCCGACGUCACGCUCAAACGAUAUGGAGCAAUCGACUACGAGUGGGGAAUACACAGCGCGUCGACUGAUUUCGGAAACAUAACUUACGCUCUGCCUUCCCUCCAUCCCGGAUUUUCUAUCCCCACUAUUCACGACGGAGGCAACCACACACCCGCCUUUACUGCAGCUGCGCGAUCUGAAGUUUCACAUGAAGCAUGCCUUGUUGUUUCCAAGGUCCUCGCAGCGGUAGGUGUGCGUGCGCUCAAUGACAAUGACUUUUUAAAGAAGGUGAAAGAAACUUUCGAAGAGGACAAAAGAACUCGAGGUGCAUAG